AUGAUUGAUAUGCUACUCAAGAUAUUCUUCGGGAAGUAUUUUGAAUCAUAUGAUAAUAAUUUUAUUACGAUGAACAUGAAUGCAGGAGUUGAAAUUCGAAACAUAAUAAUAAAAAAUGAUGAAAUCAACAAUUUUUUAAAAAGUAAAAACGUAGAUAUAGAAAUCGUUUACUUGAAAAUUGAAAGAAUUAAUAUAAGUUUUUUAACUUUAUCUGGUGUAUUAACUCUAAAGUUGCAGGGGGUCGAUUUGAGAAUUAAGCCGAAUAUUCAUAAAAAUGCUUCCAAAGGAAUAAAAAACAAACUUAUGAAACUUUUAAAAAAUAAAGAAAAAGUUCAUAUAAUAGAUAAAAUAAAAUUAUUUUCUCCAAACGGAACAACGGAUUUUAGUUCUUCACAAAAACGGGUACAGAAAAAGAUAUUAUGUUGUAGCUGUGAAAAUUAUAAGGACAUUAAAAAUAUGAUAUGUUCAUAUAAUAAUUAUAGUAAUAUAAAAACUUAUAUAUGUAAAGAUUGUUCUAUUUUAAAAAAUAAAAAGUAUGGACAAAAUUUAAAUUUAUUACAUGAACAAAUUAUUUUAAAAAAAGCAUUUACAAAUUAUACUACUGAUAUAAAUAAUAUAACUAGCACAACCAAUAUCCCUUAUAAUAAUAACGAAAUAAAAUUUAUGCAUGAAAAUAUUCGAACUAGUUUAAAUAAUAAAAAUAUAUAUCGAGAUACGAUAAAUGGAAAAGGAAAUUUUAUUAAUUCAUAUAAACAAAAUAAAAACAGUUAUUCUGAUAUAAAAAAUAGACACGAAUUUGUUAAAGAAACUUAUUCAAAACUAUAUGGAAAUAAUAAUGAAAAAUAUGUUUACGAUACAUUUAAAAAUCAAAAUUAUUACAUAAAUAAUACCAAUAUAUAUAAUAACAUGGAUGUGGAAAAUAAUAAUAUUUUCAGAUAUGAAGAUGAAUUGAAUAAGAGUCAGAAUUUCAAUUUCGAAAAAAAUUAUUUAACCAGUGAGCAUAUAAUUAGUAACAAUAAUUUUGGAAAAAAACAAAAUAUAGAAAGUAAAAAAAAAAAGACAAAAGAUAAUGAUAAAAGAACUAAAAUUUGUACUAAAUUUCACAAUAGUUUUGAUCAUAAUAUUUAUCAAAAUAGUCAGGAAAUAAAAGAAGAAGCAUACAAAAAUAUAGACUAUAAUAUUCCAGGUAAAAAAGAGGGAAAUAAUUGUACAAGAAAUAUCAAUAAAUUGUUAUAUCGCUAUAGCAAUAUGGAUAAUGGUGAUUACAGAAAAAUUAAAAUCGAUAAUUUUUUUCAACCACAGUAA